AUGAAUCGUUUCAUUCUAUUGGCAUUCUUGUUGGCCGCCACCGUCGCCGCUUCGUCGAUCUCCCGCCAAAUCGAGGCGGCCAUUGAGAAAUGGGAAGACUACAAGGAGGAUUAUGAUAAGGAUUACCAUCCAAGCGAGGAGCAAGAUUACAUGGAGGCAUUCGUGAAGAACGUCAUUCAUAUUGAAAACCACAAUCGCGAACAUCGAAUGGGCCGAAAAUCAUUCGAGAUGGGACUCAACCACAUCGCCGAUUUGCCAUUCUCGCAAUACCGCAAACUCAACGGCUAUCGUCGAUUGUUCGGUGACUCGCGUCCAAAGAACGCCUCCACAUUCCUCGUGCCGUUCAACGUCGCUAUUCCCGAUGAGGUCGACUGGCGCGAGCAGGAUCUCGUCACCGAAGUCAAAAACCAGGGAAUGUGCGGAUCGUGCUGGGCAUUCUCGGCGACGGGCGCACUUGAAGGACAACACGCCCGAAAGUUGGGAAGCCUUGUUUCGCUCUCCGAGCAGAACCUCGUCGAUUGUUCGACACGCUAUGGAAACCAUGGAUGCAACGGCGGACUUAUGGAUCAGGCGUUUGAAUACAUUCGCGAUAAUCACGGCAUCGACACCGAGGAGAGCUAUCCAUACAAGGGCAGAGACAUGAAGUGCCACUUCAACAAGAAGACCGUUGGAGCCGACGACAAGGGAUUCGUUGAUCUUCCAGAAGGUGAUGAGGAGAAGCUCAAGAUCGCCGUCGCCACCCAAGGACCAAUCUCGAUUGCCAUCGACGCGGGACAUCGCAGCUUCCAACUCUACAAGAAGGGCGUUUAUUACGAUGAGGAAUGCUCGUCGGAGGAGCUUGAUCAUGGAGUGCUCUUGGUUGGAUACGGAACCGAUCCGGAACACGGCGACUACUGGCUGGUGAAGAACAGUUGGGGAACCGGAUGGGGAGAGAAGGGCUACAUCCGUAUGGCGAGAAACCGCAACAAUCAUUGCGGUGUCGCCACCAAAGCCAGCUAUCCGCUCGUCUAA